AAAACGAAGAGACAGUUCACAAUACAGUAGUUGUUCAUUUUUUGCUUGCUCAGAGUUUUGUCUAUGGAAUGGAAUACCAAAUUCCAGUACAUCAACUUUGUUGCCAAUAACAUUUUGUGAGUGGAAAAGUGUGGAAAAAUUCGAAGGCAACAUUGGUAUGCACAUGUGUGUUGGCAUUUCCACAGGAAUUUCACUCAUUGGAACACAAAAGUGAAUUUUUACCCCUCACAGUUUCGUGUUGUGAACGAGAGUGCGAAACAGUUUUUCCGCCGCCACAUAUACAACAAAACCGAUCCACAUUCACGUAUUAUUCGCUUUCAAACAUCAGAAGUGUACAACAGUAGCACAGCAAUCAAAAGUGUUAGUUUCGUGUUAGCGAUAUAUCGAGUCUGUUAUAUUUGGUUUUUUUUUGUGUGUCAUAUGAAUGUGAAAAGUAACAAGAUAAAAUCUUAAUCAUUGACGAACUUUUUUGUGCAAAAGCGACAACCACGAAUCACCCAAUCUAAGCGAAACAAUAAAAAAAACUGCGGAAAAAAGAGAAAAACCAAAAUAAAAAUUCACUGGAAAAAAUAUAUAAUAAAAAUAAACAUCGAGAACGACGAAUCUAUCGAAGAGGAAUAAACGACAAGUUAACUGGUGGUUAAAUUGAACGAAUCGAAGCGAAAAGAUCAAAUUAUUGGCACCGUAUUGUCAAAAUAAAAUAAAAAGAAAUCAAAACUAACCAAGUUCAAAACAAAACAACAUACAAGCAAUCUUUAAUAGCAACACACACAAAAACUAUACGAAAAUGCCUGCACCACAGAUGGAUGGAUCUGGACCCAGAUCCGAGCUACAAGAGCUGCAAGUCAAAGCGAACCAAAAGGCGGAUGAGUCGUUGGAGAGUACGCGCCGAAUGAUGCAGCUAUGCGAAGAGAGCGAAGACGCUGGCACGAAAACCUUGAAUUUGUUGGAACGACAAGGCGAGCAAUUGGAUCGCGUUGAAGAGGGUAUGGACCAAAUCAAUGCGGAUAUGCGUGAAGCUGAAAAGAACUUGAGCGGCAUGGAGAAAUGCUGUGGCAUUUGUGUGCUUCCUUGCAAAAAAAAUUCAUCGUUCAAAGAGGAUGACGGCACAUGGAAGGGAAAUGAGGAUGGAAAAAUAAUCAAUAAUCAGCCCACACGUGUGAUGGACGAUCGGAAUGGUGUAAUGCAACAGGCCGGCUACGUCGUAAGGAUUACCAAUGAUGCGCGCGAAUGCGAGAUGGAAGAAAAUAUGGGUCAAGUGAACACAAUGAUUGGCAAUUUGAGGAAUAUGGCGAUUGAUAUGGGUUCGGAGCUUGAAAACCAAAACAAUCAAAUUGAUAGAAUAAAUCGAAAGGGCGAAUCAAAUGAAUCUCGAAUAGCCGUUGCAAACCAAAGAGCUCAUCAAUUAUUAAAAUAAGCACGCUACUGAUUACCACUUGAGUAACAAAAUCUAACUUGAUGAACAGUUUGAACAGAAUAAUAACAGUAAUAACAACAACAACAACCACGAUAAAAAGCAUACACACAGUAACUGAAAAACACGCAUACCAAUCAUCGGAUGCAAAUUUUAUUGCAACAAUAUGCGAUCGCCACCAUCAAAUGUGAAAAACCAAAUAGGACAAAAUUGAACAAACAAACAAAAAUUGUACCAGGAAGGAAAGAAAGAAUGAAAUAAAAUGCAUGCACGAAUGUAACAAUAUGAAAUGUUGAACACCACGAAGCGGGAAUAUGACUGAAAAGGAACAAACAGCAAUAGCUUCAACCAAAUAAUAUUUAUCAGUUUGAUUUUUUUUUUCCACCAAAAAGCUACAACCAGAAAAAAAACCAAAAAAAUCAAGAAAUAUCUUAUGCUUUUUAACAAUGAUAUUUGCAUUAUUUGCAUAUUGACAAAAUAGAGACAGAAACAGCAACAAAAAUCAUGAGAAAAACAAGUGCUUCACAAAUUUGAUUUAAAAAAAAAAUGCAAGACUAUAAUAGCCCACACAUACAUAUGAAUACAUAAAUCAUAAAACAACAAGAAUAAAUGACACAUCGCAAUAUAUUUUUUAUUAUUGGAUCGGUUUCGGCAAUGAGUCACGCGGAAAUAACUAUCGAAACGGUUGCUUACAGUUCAAUGAAAACUAGCAAACGAAAAGGAAAAAAAAAUUAUCCGAAAAAAACAACAACAGUUCAAAUGAAAACUAGCAAACGAAAAGGAAAAAAAAAAUUAUCCGAAAAAAACAACAACAAAUGAAUCGAAUUGAAUCGAUUCGUAUACAUACAGCACGAGUCUUCGACUUCCAUCGAGCAUUAACCCAACUCAAGCCAAAACAAACAGAACGAACAUUAGAGCAGCAGAAGAUGAAGAAAGAAUAGAAAUAAAUCACGUGUCUACCACGUUUUCAGUUAUAAUUAAACUGAA